GUUCUCCAGACCGGCUUUUUGAAAAUGGACUCUUCCUACAUGGCGGCACGUUGACAAACCAAGCAUCCAGCAGGCUAAACCUUUAGCUUUGAAGGCCGCGUUGAAUCUAAUUAUUUUAAAAGCCAUACUUUAAUUGGUGAAGUCCGUAUCGACAAUUCACGUUGUAACAAUGGCCUCACUGAAAUUCCAUUUGAAUUAGCAUGCUAGCUUAAGCUAGCCUAUUUUGACAGAUCAUGGAAUUGACAUGCUCAUUGUCGUCGUAUGCUAACAGCAGCUAGCUGGUAAAAACCAGUUACCUUAGCAAUAUUUUGCUAUCCCGCGUUACUACUAUACCAGAUGACACGUUCCUUGCCUUCUAACAUAUAAUUGUGAAUGCAGAUGCAAUCAUAGAAAUCCACAAUAGCGCAUCAUGUUAUUGUCCCGAUGAAGGUCCCUAGUUAGCUUGAUUGCUGUAACAUUAGCUGUGCAAACUAGCCCGCCAGCUAGCUUGCCUCAACGUGUGCGAGUCGGUCCCUCCCCGCUAAAUCUAACGUUAUCGUUAUCGUCGGUUAAUUUUUAUUUUAUUUCUCAGAUUCGUUAAUGUUACACAUUCUAAAUCCAAGAUCUAUUUACACGAGGGGUUUACAUUUACUUUAAACGUUGCAGAAAUGUUUUUAAACGCAGAAAGCACGUGCUUACAAUAUAAGGUUGAUUAAAGACACUACAAGAUAUCGGUUGCAUGGUCUCUUUAAGCUAAUGUUAGCCAAGGGUACCGAUAGCUAAAUUAACGGUAGGCCAAAACAAAAGAUUGCCGUCCACGUUUUGCUCAAUCCAGCGUUGCCGGAUAUAGUAAUGUGAUCUUAGAUUGACGUCUGCAUAAAUUCAUGCCUUAGUAUCUGUCGGUAUAAGCUAAUGGGAACAAAUGGUUGGGUUGGUCAUUAAGGUGACAAUUGACGUAUUAACCUUUGUCACAAUAUGUGCUGCCAAAGUGUCAAGAAACUAAAUACUAAAGGAUUCAUACUUGCUCAUUGGUCAGCGACCGGAAACCGGGGCUCACUCUGAUGGAACACGUGUAUCGGCUAUCUAGCCUGUGCUGCAGUCAGCAGUGAGAAGAUUUCUGGAGACAUGGCCACAGAACAUAUUAAUGGAAAUGGUCCAGAAGAACCAAUGGACACCUCUGCUGCAGUUACCCAUUCUGAGCACUUCCAGACUUUAUUAGAAGCUGGUUUACCACAGAAAGUUGCUGAAAAACUAGAUGAAAUUUACAUAGCAGGUUUGGUGUCACACAGUGACUUAGAUGAUCGAGCGAUUGAGGCUCUGAAAGAAUUCAACGAGGAAGGUGCUCUGCAAGUCCUUUUGCAAUUUAAGGACAGCGACCUCUCACAUGUUCAGAACAAAAGUGCCUUUCUUUGUGGCGUGAUGAAGACGUACAGACAGAGAGAGAAACAAGGGACCAAAGUGUCGGACACCAAUAAAGGACCAGAUGAAGCCAAAAUAAAAGCUUUGCUGGAAAGGACUGCCUACACACUUGAUGUGACAACAGGCCAGAGGAAAUAUGGAGGCCCCCCACCAGAGUCUGCUCACUCAGGGGCACAGCCCACCAUCGGCACAGAGAUAUUUGUAGGCAAAAUCCCCAGAGACCUCUUUGAAGAUGAGUUGGUUCCACUGUUUGAGAAAGCUGGCCCCAUCUGGGACUUGCGCCUCAUGAUGGAUCCUCUCAGUGGCCUGAACAGAGGCUACGCCUUUGUCACUUUCUGCACUAAAGAAGCUGCACAGCAGGCUGUCAAACUGUGCAACAACAAUGAAAUUCGACCGGGUAAACACAUCGGCGUGUGCAUCUCCGUGGCCAAUAAUAGACUGUUUGUUGGCUCCAUUCCCAAGAGUAAAACAAAAGAGCAGAUUGUUGAAGAAUUUGCGAAAGUCACAGAGGGUCUAAAUGAUGUCAUAUUGUACCACCAGCCGGACGACAAGAAGAAGAAUCGGGGCUUCUGCUUCCUCGAGUAUGAAGACCACAAGACGGCAGCUCAGGCCCGCCGCCGGCUGAUGAGUGGCAAGGUGAAGGUUUGGGGAAAUGUGGUCACCGUGGAGUGGGCCGAUCCCAUCGAGGACCCAGAUCCAGAGGUCAUGGCCAAGGUAAAAGUGCUGUUUGUGAGGAACUUGGCGAGCACUGUUACAGAGGAGAUACUUGAAAAGGCCUUCAGUCAGUUUGGCAAGCUGGAACGAGUGAAAAAAUUGAAAGACUAUGCCUUCAUCCACUUCGAGGAAAGAGAUGGUGCUGUGAAGGCUUUGGCUGAUCUGAACGGCAAAGACCUCGAGGGAGAGGACAUUGAAAUUGUCUUUGCCAAGCCACCUGACCAGAAGAGAAAAGAGCGCAAAGCCCAGAGACAAGCCGCUAAAACACAAAUGUAUGAUGAAUACUAUUAUUACGGGCCUCCCCACAUGCCACCACCCACGAGAGGCAGAGGCCAAGGUGGGCGGGGAGGUUAUUCCUACCCUCCUGACUAUUAUGGCUAUGAAGACUAUUAUGAUUACUAUGGAUACGACUACCACAACUAUCGGGGUGGCUAUGAUGACCCGUACUAUGGCUAUGAUGACUUCCAGCGGUCUGGGAGAAUACGAGGGGUGAGAGGAGGAGUCCGUGGCGGUGCCAGUCAGACCAGGGGCCGCGGUGGUGUCACACCAAGGGGCCGACUGGGCUUCUCCCAGCGAGGGGGCCCUGGAACAAGCAGAGCAGGGAAACGGGGCCGAGGGCGGUCCUGACCUGUCACAGUGGAUACUGACUUGAUGUGUGGUGUUACACCGUAAGCUGCAAUGGAUGUUGAAACAAAAAAGAGCACGACAAAAAGGUCCAAUGAUAUUCCAGCCUUACAGAAGAAGCAUCUCCCCUCCCCUAUGUUUUUAUUUUUUAUUUUCAUUUGUUUAUGAAACUGCCACCUUAAAAAGAUGACCGGAGGAUUCUAAAUACUCGCCACAGCCUCUUUGCCCCGAGCCCUUGUACCCAGCCCUGAUUUACAGGGCUCUAUGUAUUGCCCUUACAAUCUACCCCUUCCCUGUCCCCAAACAUGCCAUUUUUAAAUAAUUAUUGAAGAAAUUGCACUUUUAAGUUCUAGGGUUUGAAGUGGCUCAAAGGAGCUUGAUGCUAUUGUAUAUUUUUGUGCUAAUCGCAAUUUUAUUGUCGGAAUAUCCAUGUUCUUAAUCGUUUGAUCUGGAUGUUUGACAGAGAACAUUUGCAGGUUUUUAGGGUGUACCCACCUGGCAUGGAUAAGUCAGGCAUUCCAGGAAAGUGGUUCUUUUCAGAACUUGUCUUUAAAGGGUUGGUUGACUACCUCAGUACAGAGGACUAAACUACCCGGCCUGUACUGUAAAUAGGGAAACUAUAUUGAUGAAAGCAGGGCUUGUUUUCAUACAAAAUAUGCACAAGAGCUGCAGUGCAAAAAUAAUGUACUUAAUGUAAUAUAGUCAUUUUAGCUGCAGCUCUGACACUGCAAACAGUCAAACUGGGCAUGCAAAACAAUCUCAUAUGAUGAGUCUGAACAAGCCCUGCUUUUAUCCUAUUUUGAACUGAAUUAGCUGCCUUGCUUCUUCAGAGUAUGUAGUUACUGGUUGUAUAGUUUUCGGAUAAAAUGUUACUUUUGUAAAGGCUUCAACAUCACAGGCAUCCAACUGCCUUUGAUUAAAAAAAAAAUAAAAAACAAAAAUAAAGCCCUGCAGUGUCCCUUUUGUGCCACUGUAUUAUUCCAGUGGGUUUGUUUUUAUAUUGAUACCAAUACAUUUUCAAACUUCAGAAUCAUGUAAAACAACCUAAUCCAAUCCAUCAUAUAAAAUCAUGUUAAUCUUGAAUGAUCCCUUCCCAGCUCCCAAGACUGCAACUUUGGAAAAGAUUUUUUCAGUAAAUCUUGUUGGAUGACUGAAUUGCCAUAUUGCCCAGCCAGUGAGCAUGUGUGUCUAAAGUUAGCCUCAUAUGAUUUGGUGAGGGAUCAUAGUCACAUAGUGGUAGAAGGGAUACUGCAGUGAAGGAUUUCUAUUUCCCGGGUAUAGCAAAAGGAAACUGCUCUUCAAUCCCAGUUUUCUAUACAGUUAACUCCCUCAAUAAAAUCAUAACAACCACCUUUUGAAAAAAAGAUGUUAGCAGUUUUAAACUAUUGUUGGUGGCCAACAACGUUUUUUGCAUUCCUGCAAAUAAAUUGUUUUAUACUGUAAAAUGGAGGUGAGUGUAACUUAUUUUUGUAAUAAAGUUUUUGAUUUCUA